AGCACUAUGCUAACCUACGAUGCUAACACAGGCUAGUGCUGUCACAAGGAUUCAUGAACCACAUUUACUACUUACAUUUUAGUGCUUCAAUUGAGACUUAGUCAUGUCUCAGGUGGAGAAGAAGGCGGGGCUGCUGCGGAGGACCUCGUCCUCAAAGAAACCCCUAAAAGAGAAGGUGGUGCUGAUGUAUGAUGAGAUUUUUGCGAAAGAAGAUCCAGCCAAAAACAACCCUCGCUUCUGGGAUGAGCUGUUUCUAAUGAAGGUGAACCUGGAGUACUUAGAGUCAAAGUUGGAGAGUGUAGACGGGGAGGAGGUUCAGCGGAUCCAGGACAACAUCAACUCUUUGUUCCACCACUGUGUCCAGGCACUGGGAGAGGAGCACCAGAUCAAAGUGGUCAAUGCUCUGCAGACUCUCUGUGCACUUUUCCGAGGGGUUCACCAGAAGAACAAGUCUGCGUCCGGCUUUGACAUCAUCAACAUGCUGAUGGGGUUUGACAAGGCUGAGCAAAGGAUGAAGGACCUGAUGGAGAGACUGGACAGCCUUCUCUGUGGAGACGGAUCAGAAAGUCUCAAGAGUCUGUGCCUCAAACUGCUCCUGUGUCUUGUGACGGUAACAGACAAUAUAAGUCAGAACACCAUCCUGGAAUAUGUGAUGAUCAACAGCAUCUUUGAAGCCAUUCUGCAGAUUCUGUCAGAUGUAUCCAGUAGAGGGCAGCAUGGUUAUGAUGCUGUCGUUCUCCUGGCCCUUUUGGUCAACUACAGGAAAUAUGAGUCUGUGAAUCCGUACAUAGUGAAGCUCUCCAUUGUGGAUGAUGAGCCAACCCUCGAUGGAAUGGGGAUGGUUGUCCACCACGCUCUGACAGAAUAUAACAGGCAGUACAAAGACAAAGAGGAGGAGAACCAGGGGGGCUUCUUUUCAACCCUCACUAGUAUGGUGGGCAGCAUGUUUAUAGCAGACGCUGACGAGAAACUCUCGGUGCAGACAAAUGAGGCCAUUCUGUUGGCGCUGUAUGAGGCAGUACACUUAAACCGCAACUUCAUCACGGUGUUAGCACAGAGCCAUCCAGAGAUUGACAUCCCAACUACACCUACCACGCCCACUCCAACCACACCUACAACACCACUUGGCACAACCCCGCCCUCCCUAGACAUGAUGAACAACCCUGAGCUGCCGCUGGAUCCCAACCUGCAGACGAGCAACCUUCUGAUCACCUUCCUCAAGUAUGCCUCCAUUGUAAUGCAGGACACUAAAGAUGAACAUCGACUCAACAGUGCCAGACUGUGCCUAAUCAUCCUCACCUGCAUAGCCGAGGACCAGUAUGCUGAUGCCUUUCUUCAUGAUGACAACAUGAACUUCAGAGUCAAUCUCCACAAAAUGCCAAUGAGACACAGAAAAAAAGCGGUGGACAAGAACAUCCCUUCACGGCCUCUGGUGUGUGCGGUUCUAGAUCUGAUGGUGGAGUUCAUUGUCACCCACAUGAUGAAGGAUUUCCCCAUGGAUUUAUACUUGCGCUGUGUGCAGAUCAUCCACAAACUGCUGUGCUACCAGAAGAAGUGCAGAAUCAGAUUACACUACACCUGGAGGGAGCUCUGGUCAGCGCUCAUCAACCUGCUGAAGUUUCUGCUGUCUAAUGAGACCACACUGCUGGAACACAACAUCUUUCAUCUAGCCUUACUGGUAGUGAACUUGUUCAACAUGUUCAUAACAUACGGCGACACAUUCCUGCCCACCUCCAACAGCUACGACGAGCUGUACUACGAAAUCGUACGAAUGCACCAGGUCUUUGACAACCUCUACUGUAUGGUUUUAAGAGUAUCAACCAACACGGGCCAGUGGAAGGAAGCAGCCAGUAAAGUUACACACGCCCUCGUCAAUGUUCGGGCAAUCAUCAACCAUUUUAACCCCAAGAUAGAGUCGUACGCUGCUGUGAACCACAUCUCCCAGCUGUCAGAAGAGCAGGUGCUCGAGGUGGUUCGGACCAACUAUGACACACUGACCCUCAAACUGCAGGAUGGUUUGGACCAGUUUGAGAGAUACUCGGAGCAGCCGAAAGAGUCUGCCUUCUUCAAGGAGCUAGUUCGCUCCAUCAGUCUGAAUGUGAGGAAGAACGUCUCUCUUAACACACUGAGUCAGGACAUCUUGCUCAAAGAGUUUUCAACCAUCUCCUGAGACACACAUUCACACACACACCAAGCCUUCUCCUUUCUUCAGAUGGACAUGGACAGUACUAUUUCUGUGUGCGUAUGAACAUGUAAACAGACUUUGACACAUACAAUACAAACACCAAAAGUA